AUGAGCCGAAAGCUCGCCCCCGAAGCCAAUCGGAUUCUCUUUGUCAAGAACCUCAACUACAACGUAACUGCUGAGCAACUGUUCGACCUUUUCGGCAAGUUCGGGCCCAUUCGGCAAAUACGUCAGGGAAUCGCCAACAACUCGAAAGGCACCGCAUUUGUUGUAUACGAAGACGUUCACGACGCCAAACAGGCAUGCGAUAAGCUCAAUGGAUUCAAUUUCCAGAACAGAUAUCUCGUCGUAAUUAUGUCUGGAGAACCGAAUGCUGCUUGGCCUCUGGCCGAUGAGGCCCUCACUCAGAACAUCCUGGACCUCGUGCAGCAGGCGUCCCAUUACCGCCAGUUGAAGAAGGGCGCUAACGAAGCCACCAAGACGCUUAACCGCGGUACUGCCGAGAUUGUGAUUCUCGCCGCUGACUGCAACCCCCUGGCCAUCCUUCUUCACCUGCCUCUGCUCGCCGAGGACAAGAACACCCCCUACGUUUUCGUCCCCAGCAAGCUUGCUCUGGGUCGCGCCACCGGUGUCUCUCGCCCCGUGAUCGCGGCCAGCAUCACCACCAACGAGGCCAGUGAUCUUAUGGGACAGAUCAGAACCAUCAAGGACAAGGUUGAGAGACUUAUGAUCUAA